GCACGGGCCGGGUUUGUUGACUUACUCAUUGGUUAUGCAUUUCGUGCUCCCCCCCACAUACACACACAGAGGACGAAGAGGACGAACGCCGGGAAAGAAAAGUUGGGGAUUAGGGUUUUGAAGGUUGGGAAAUAUAAUCACUGGGGAUGGAAAUAGUGGAGAAGAAGGAGGUGGAGAAUCAUAAUAACGCGCAAUCGAUCUUACCCGGCGAUUCCCUGGCCUCCGACGUUGUCGAUAAAGAGGCAGAAGAGCGCCAAGCGCGUGAACUCAAAGCCGGUUUGCACCCUCUCAAGAUGUCGUUUGAUGGAUGCUGUACGGGAUUGUUUAUUGCUGUGUGUGAUCAGUACAAAUAUGUAUUCUGGUAUACUCGCCGAACACCAGGAGUCAGAACACAGACCUCAUAUGAAGACAAUAUAAAGAAAAUUGUUGGUUUCAGUACGGUUGAAACUUUUUGGGUCUGCUAUUGCCACUUGGCUCGCCCCUCUUCUCUGCCAAGUCCUACGGAUCUGCAUCUUUUCAAGGAGGGUAUUCGCCCUUUGUGGGAGGACAGUGCUAAUUCCAGUGGUGGGAAAUGGAUAAUACGAUUCAAGAAGGUCGUCUCUGGUCGCUUCUGGGAGGAUCUGGUUCUUGCCUUGGUAGGUGACCAACUUGAGUACAGCGAUAGCAUUUGUGGUGCAGUAUUAAGCAUCCGAUUCAAUGAAGAUAUACUGAGCGUAUGGAAUCGGAAUGCAUCUGAUCAUCAGGCUGUGAUGUCUCUGAGAGACUCAAUCAAGAGGCAUUUGAAGCUUCCGCACAGCUACGUGAUGGAGUACAAGCCCCAUGAUGCUUCUCUUCGUGACAACUCAUCUUACAGAAACACAUGGCUGAGUAGAUAGCUUGUAGCGCCAGAAUGGGAAAUGAAAGUGUGGAGAAGCUAUUAUUGCCUUAUCCUCGUGUUAUGCUCCACUUGCCAAACAUGGCCUGAGGAUCCAUCAACUUUGUACUGCCAGACAACCUGUGUAAGGAUGGUUGUCUUGAUCUUCUUGUUGGUUGAACAGUGAAUGACAGUGCUGGUUUUGUUGUCCGAUUUUUUUUUUGUCUUUUUGGUUUGUUCAGAUCAAACUGAAACCGAUAAGCCCCUUAUUUAUUUCGAUUUUUGGAGAAGUGACUGUUUCGAGUUCCAAUUUUUACAGCUCAAUACCGAGAGCCCUAUUCAGUAAAACAAGAGUAACCAUAUGGUUAAAAGAUUUGA